CGCCCAGCCGGCCGCGAGGAGGCGGACCCGUUCCGAGCGCCGCGCGCGCGCCGGGGCUGAGCCUUGCAAACAAGUGUCUGUGGCGGUGUCCCCACGGCCCUCCGGCGGCCUUCGGAGCGCCGGGGCUGGCUCUUCUGAGCAGUAGGAAGCCAGGGAGUCCCCCGCCUCGCAGCCCGCGAGCCGCAGACACUACCCUCCGCCGGGAGCCCUGCGCACGGGCCGCGGACUGGGCUCGGCUGCCGGGCGCGCCGACGCGGGGUCGCGGCGCGAGCAGCGCCGGGGCUCUUGCCGAGCCGAUCCUGACAGAAUAACGUGCGUGGCUGUCCCCACCCCUGGGAGGGGUUGCCGGUGCCGCGAGCUGCCGCCCAGUUUGCAGCGCUCUCUCCUGGGAGGAUCCGCCACCGGGAGGAAGGAGUAGAAUAAACCUGGCCGAGGCGCAGAAGUGGCUCCUGAAGAAGCCGGCGCCGGGGCCGCCGCCUUGUGUCCCCUCGGGGCGCAGCGCUCCGGGGUCGGCGUGCCGGAACCGAGGCGCGGCCGGGGGCUCAGGGGCGGCGGGGUCGAGCGCGCGACCAGGCGCACGGCGACCGGGGGGUCUGCCAGGCGAUCCCCCGCGCCCCACGGGGCUCCCGAGCCCCGGGACGCGGGCUGGAAGCCACGGAGGACCGCUGCCGCGGGCUGCGGACGAGCAUCGUCCCUGCCGAAAGCGGAUUCUGCUAUGACAGUUGGGCUCCCCGAGGGGUUAACCUGGGUGUCCUCGGUAAAGUUGUCGCCGAGCCGGGAGCCCGUGUAGGGGUCGCGGCACCGCGGCUCGGGGGGCGGCCGGGCGGCCGGCGGCGGUCGUGGCUCGGCGGGGCCCGCGCGGCCGGGGGGCUUCUGGGGGUGUGCGCCCCCAGCCGGCUGCCCUCGUGGAUGCCUCCCGGCGGCGGCGGGCCCAUGAAAGACUGCGAGUACAGUCAGAUCAGCACCCACAGCUCCUCCCCCAUGGAGUCGCCCCACAAGAAGAAGAAAAUCGCGGCCCGGAGGAAAUGGGAGGUGUUCCCGGGGAGAAACAAGUUCUUCUGCAACGGGAGGAUCAUGAUGGCCCGGCAGACGGGCGUCUUCUACCUGACGCUCAUCCUCAUCCUGGUUACUAGCGGACUCUUCUUCGCCUUCGACUGUCCGUACCUAGCGGUGAAGAUCACCCCCGCCAUCCCCGUGGUCGGUGGCAUCCUCUUCUUCUUUGUGAUGGGGACCCUGCUUCGCACCAGCUUCAGUGACCCUGGAGUCCUCCCACGAGCCACGCCGGAUGAGGCCGCUGACCUGGAAAGACAAAUAGAUAUUGCAAACGGCACCAGUUCAGGGGGGUACCGCCCGCCUCCCAGAACCAAAGAAGUCAUCAUCAAUGGCCAGACUGUGAAACUUAAGUAUUGUUUCACCUGCAAGAUUUUCCGGCCCCCUCGCGCCUCCCACUGCAGCCUGUGCGAUAACUGCGUAGAACGGUUUGAUCACCACUGUCCCUGGGUAGGCAACUGUGUGGGGAAAAGAAACUACAGAUUUUUUUAUAUGUUUAUUUUAUCCCUGUCUUUUCUGACAGUCUUUAUAUUUGCAUUCGUUAUCACCCACGUCAUUCUUCGUUCCCAGCAAACAGGAUUCCUCAAUGCCCUUAAGGACAGUCCUGCAAGCGUGCUGGAGGCCGUGGUGUGCUUCUUCUCUGUGUGGUCCAUCGUUGGCCUCUCGGGUUUCCACACGUACUUGAUCAGCUCCAACCAGACGACAAAUGAAGACAUUAAAGGAUCUUGGUCAAAUAAAAGAGGUAAAGAAAAUUACAAUCCCUACAGCUACGGAAAUAUCUUUACAAAUUGCUGUGUGGCCCUGUGUGGGCCCAUCUCUCCAAGCUUAAUUGACAGAAGAGGGUACAUCCAGCCUGACACUCCACAGCCAGCAGCGCCCUCCAACGGGAUCACCAUGUAUGGGGCCAUGCAGUCACAGAGCGACAUGUGCGACCAAGACCAGUGCAUUCAGAGCACCAAAUUCGUUUUGCAGGCCGCAGCCACUCCCCUGCUGCAGAGCGAGCCCAGCCUCACCAGCGACGAGAUGCACCUCCCGGGGAAGCCCGGCCUGGGCACACCGUGCACCAGCCUGACGCUGGGCCAGCCCACGCCGCCCUCCUCCAUGCCCAACCUCGCCGCCGAGGCCGCGCUCUCGGACAUUAUGCCCCUGAAGGACGAGCACGGGGGCCACCAGUUCCUGACCCCCGACGAGGCGCCCUCGCCCCCGCGGAUGCUGGGGGCCGGCAGCCCGCUGGCGCACAGCCGCACCAUGCACGUGCUGGGCCUGGCCAGCCAGGACUCUCUGCACGAAGACUCCGUGCGGGGCCUGGUGAAGCUCAGCUCCGUGUGACCCCUGUGGCCGACCCCAGGACCGACCGCAGGGCUCCUCCACAGGCGGUGGGAGCGAGGAGAGGGAUGCACCCCGCAGCGUGGAGAUGACAGCCCCAGGCCUGGGGUACAGAGACCCGCUUAGAAAGCCAGGGGAGCCCCGUCUCAUGGCAGAGGGCCAGCAGGCUCCAGAAACUCGGGGCUUGGUUUUAUCUGAAUUUUCUUCCCCACCCUGAGCACUUUGACAAUAAUGAAUAUAGAGAAGUGGCUGUUUUCGAGCAUUGGGAACCUGCAGGUUGGGCCUGGGGAGGGAGGACCCUCGGGGUGGGAUCUAGCCAGGGAAGAAAAGGCGCUGCCUUAUCUGCUGCUCGGAAGGUUUCUGACACGUGGCCAGACUGAAAUUGCACUUAAGUGUUAUGCUACUAAUAUCUGAAAUAGACACGCCGUUCCAUUUGUUAAUUUAAAAACUACAGAAGUUCUAAAGGCAGAAAACAGACCGGAUGUGGAUUUGCAUGCCAGCUACCGUCUGCAUUCCAGUGGUGUUGGUAUUCCGAAGGAAAUGCUGCUCUCUUUCCUUCUUCCUUUCUUCCUUUUUUUAUUUUUGUGAAUUUUCAAGUGCUGUUUUGUUGGCAGACGGCCCAACGGAUGCAGCCCAAUGGACAAGGCUAUUGGUGGCUGAUUAGUCCACUUAGUUCUGUGUGGAUUGGGAGCGUCUGGGCUGCGGAGGGCUGCUGGGGGUUUAAUCCUAUCCAGUGCCAUUUAACCUUCUGUCUAGGGGUCCGACGGGGUGUUGCCUUGCACUGCCCCCUGCAGUCCUCACCUCCUUGUAUGAUGAACUCCCCGUGGACAGCCAAUAAAAUGACAUCCUCUGUUAUUUUG